AUGCCUCUUCCACAAUGUAACGAGGAAAAUAUCAACAUUCCAACAGCACAUUCUUGUGAAACCUAUGUAAGAGGUUAUAUAAUUGCACUUGGUCGAGUGAAACAAAUGGGCAAUCUCGACCAAAUGAUCAACGCCCAUAAAGCCACGACGGCCAAGGAAAUAGAAGGAAUGGGCUCGAAACACGAGAUGGAAUUGAAUUCAACACCUCCAAAUAAAUCGACAUCACAGAAACACGCCCGAAGUAAGCACGUGCAAAUAAUCGAAAAUAGAUGCCAACUAUUCGAAACGAAUAACGAAGGAACCUUAGACGAAGAAGCUGAUGAUGCAAUUGCUGCUGGUGGACAUUAA